UAUGUCAAAGUACAAAAUGAACUAAAGACUUUACAAGUUGAAUCUGAAGAUCUCAAUUACAUUCUCGACCAGAGCAAGGAAUUGAACCUGCAUGCUAAUGCAAUUAGAAACAAAAGACACGAAUUAAUUAAAGAAAAUCAUAAACGUAGCUUCAAAAAUUACGAAGAAGUGAUGAAGCGAUAG